UCUAGACAUCAGUUACAGUUUCAAUUAAGAACAUUGUAAAUUAAGACUUGUUAAUUAUUUUCUAUUUGCAAAAUUUUGUUUAGAAAUUCAAUAUGGUAAAAACGUUUUCGAUCACAUGUGUUUUCAUCUUAAUGAGUCUGGUGUAUCGGUGUAUGGCAGGACCUAUAGAAGUGGAAAAAUCUUCAGAUGAUGAUUUAAGCACCUCGGAAACUUUUGGUUAUGGCUAUUAUCAACCUGGUGUAUAUUCUGCUCCCAUGGUGGCCACUAGAGUACCCUUAGCCUCGACUGCAGCUAUAGCUGCACCUUUGGCCACCUCCACUAAAACUCUCAAUUCAGCUUCUAAUGGUUAUGCCCGUUCCGGUUAUGGUUAUGGCAGUGGCUAUAAAUAUGGCAGUGGUUAUGACUAUGGUAAGCGUUGGGGUUAUGGCGGUGGUAAUGCUGUCAAUGAAUUUUAUCGUCGUCAUCCCGUCUAUGUUGCCUGGGGCUAAGUAAACAUUAGAACAGAUAUCAAACGAAUUUGAAUAACAACCCAAAAGUGCCAUGUUAUCCCACUAGUUUUUUUAAGUUCUUUGCAAAUAACAAUAAAAUAUAAUCGCAUAUA